AUGUGUGUGAGGUGCAGAGGCUGAGUACAAACAGGGGGCGGGGAGUGGGCGUGCUCGCUCUCCUGUGCACGGUCUAGCCGUGCUGCCUGUCCUGACUCCUCCACUCCUAGCCAGUCAGCCUGUACCAGUGAGCAGCUCUACAUCGCGGCACACUGCAGCUGCUAUUAUGGGAGGGCAGACACAAUAACAUCCCUGCGAUACACGCAGUAGGGAAGAGGUUGCAGCACAGGGCGCUGCUGAUCAGCGGCUACCAGGAGACGAUGGAAUGUCACAUAUCCCCAAGGGAAGUGAGAUGAUCCCUAGGAGACAUGGACCACCGCUGUGCCAUGUAGCUCUGCAUCCUGGUUGAGCCGACCCAAGAAUGCUUUUUUAGUGAUGGAACACCUGUCCAUUUUCUGACUCAAGACACUUCUGAACUUAACAUUGUUUGUUUUUCCAAGAAGCACCUUAGUUUAUCAGUGACCAUGGAAAUAUUAGUGGUUGCACUGUUAGCAGCCUCUGCACUGGCUACAGGGAUUAGCAGCAUGACUGCAAUCGGAUCUCAUUGUGAUAAAGCAUGUAAUCCACGAAUGGGCAAUUUAGCUAUUGGCCGAAACUUAUGGACAAGCACAACCUGCGGUUCUAAUAGCACAGAACUAUACUGUACAUAUAGUAGAAAUCACGAUCUACUCUGCACCGAGCCAAAGUGUGAAAAAUGCAAUGCUGCAGUUCCCCGACUUUCACAUCCAUCUUCUUCAAUGGCAGACUCAACUUUCAAAAUGCCACGCACGUGGUGGCAAUCAGCUAGGGACACGCAGCGGGAAGUUAUACAAUUAAAUUUGGAAGAUGCCUUUUACUUUACUCACUUGAUCAUGGUAUUUAGAUCUCCUAGACCUGCAGCUAUGAUUCUGGAGAGGUCACAGGAUUUUGGCUUCACUUGGCGUCCAUAUAAAUACUUCUCCCCAAACUGUACUGCAAGCUUUCAACUUGAGGAUGACAUUAAUGAGAAAGGAGCUCUCUGCACAUCACGAUACUCACAAGCUGUACCCUGUAGUGGAGGGGAGGUAAUUUAUCGAGCUAUGUCUCCUCCUUAUUCAAGUGUGGAUCCCUAUAGUGAAGAAGCACAGGACCAGCUGAGGAUCACUAACCUACGAGUGCAGUUGUUGAAGCAACAGCUGUGUCCAUGCCACAACAAGGACUCGGACAUCAAACCACAGUCUCUAUCACAUUAUGCCGUUUAUGAUUUCAUAGUUAAGGGAAGUUGCUUUUGCAAUGGACAUGCAGAUCACUGCGUUCCGACUGAUGGGUUUCGACAAGUCAGAACAACUAGCAAACUCCAGGUGGUCCAUGGGAGUUGCAUUUGCAAGCACCACACAGCAGGCCCUCAUUGUGAGCAAUGUGCUCCUAUUUAUAAUGACCAGCCUUGGCAAGCAGCAAAUGGUGAAACAGGGGAGCCCAACAUGUGCAAAAAAUGUAAGUGUAAUGAUCAUGCUGACAGCUGUCACUUUGACAUGGACAUGUGGCUGGCAUCCGGCAAUCGCAGUGGAGGAGUAUGUGACAAUUGCCAGCACAACACAGAAGGGAUACACUGCCAGAGAUGUAAGCCAGGCUUCUUCCGAGACUUCAACGUCCCAUUCUUUGCACCAGAUUCAUGCAAAGCAUGUUCCUGUCAUUCAGUUGGAUCAGCAAAGCUUACUUCUAGCUCAUACACAUUGUGUGACCCCCAGAAUGGAGACUGCCCUUGUAAACCUGGUGUAGCAGGCCCUAGUUGUGACCGUUGUAUGGUUGGAUAUUGGGGUUUUGGAGAGUAUGGUUGCCGGCCAUGUGACUGCGCUGGAAACUGUGAUCAUCUAACUGGAGACUGUAUAACCAACUUUGAAAUAGACUGGCACCGUGAAAUUCCCGAGCUCUCUAUGUUUAAUGAGAGUGGACAGAAUCAGGAAUGGGAAGAUGAACAGGGAUUUUCAGCCCUUCGUCACACAGGUAAAUGUGAGUGCAAAGAACAAGUGUUAGGAAGUCCAAAAGUGUUCUGCAGCAUGAAAUACUCUUAUGUGCUAAAAAUUAAGAUACUGUCAGCUCAUGACAGGGGCUCUCAUGCUGAGGUUAAUGUGAAGAUUAAAAAGGUUUUGAAAAUGACAAAGUUGAAGAUCCUGCGUGGAAAGAGAACUCUGUACCCAGAAUCAUGGACUAAAUGGGGCUGUACCUGUCCCAUCCUAAACCCUGGGCUAGAAUACCUUGUGGCUGGCUAUGAAGAUGUACGUUCUGGUCGUCUCAUUGUCAACAUGAAAAGCUUUGUCCUGCUCUGGAAACCUUCCAUAGGAAAGAAAGUAAUGGAAAUUGUAAAGAAUGACUGCCUAUGAAGGGAAAGAAGAGUAUUGGAUACAGAUUAAGAAAGGCUACUUCUUUGACUUCAUUAUUUAAAUACCAGUGAACAAGAGAAAGUGUGCAGAAUGCACAGAAGAAAACUGCACAGCAACUUUAUGCUGUUAUUCUUCACGUACGUGAGUGCAUUUCAUGACACGUACACCUGUUUCACAGCCGGGUGUGACACCUCUGCUCUGCCACCUUAAUUAUAGCUGGCAUGUGAUAUCAUGGGUAUAUCGCACCUGGAAGUGAGUGUCUGACAAAGUGAAUGCAAAAGUAUCUACAAUCAAGCAAACUGUUUAUUUUAUUGAAGGUACAAAAGCAAAAAAACAAGCAACAGACUUUUUAUAUUCCGAAUUGUUGUAAACAGCCUCCUUGUAAACCUGUUUUAAGAAGCACUUUACUAUUUGUUAAUGCAUUUGCUUUUUGUUUAUUUGUUAAAAGACAUCGGUGUUUAGAAAGCUAUCGAACGGAACCACACUAUAGACACCUUACAGUAAUUUGUUUUCUGCUUUUUUAUAUAUAUUAUUCUUGUCAUCAAAGAUUUAUUUAUGUUGUAAAAUCUUUUCAUGAUACCGGAGAUAAAAAAAAAAAAUCAAACCAUGACCCCAUUUCCAUCUGCUGUUUUAUUGACAUUCAGAUAGUGUCUACUUGUAUCCUUUACUCAUGAAGGUGGAAGUGCACAAAACGAGCUAUUACUGGUAAUCUGGAUAAUUCUGACUAUUACAUCGCCUUCUGUUGGAUUUUGCAGAGCUGUACAUUAGUGCUAUUGAGCAACAAGUUACCCUGAACCAAAAGUCUUAGACAGAAAAGAGCAAAUGUUUGUGUCUGCCCCUUAGCUGGUGUGAUGCCUCCAAUGAUUACCUGUCUGAGCAGGGAACCUGCAUUGACUGAAGUAAAAGUAUAAUGGGUCUCUGAAAUGUAAAAGACCUAGAGAACACAGUGAUGAAAGCAGCUUGUAAUACAGCCUCAGGCUUCAAACAAUUGACCCAGGCCUGCCACAUGGGACACAGGGGGUCAUUACGAGUUGAUCGCUCGCUAGCUGUUUUUAGCAGCCGUGCGAACGCCUAGUCGCCGCCCACAGUGGAGUGUAUUUUAGCCUUGCAAGUGUGCGAUCGCAUGUGCAGCCGAGCUUUGCAAAAACAUUUUGUGCAGUUUCUGAGUAGCUCUGAACUUACUCUGCCCUUGCAAUCACUUCAAUCUCUCCGGGGCCGGAAUUGACGUCAGACACCCGCCCUAAAAAACGCUUGGACACGCUUGAAUAUUUCCAAACACUCCAAGAAAAUGGUCAGUUGACACCCACAAACGCCUUCCUGUCAAUCUCUUUGCGAUUGUCCAUGCGAAUGGAUUCUUCGUAAAUCCCAUCGCACAGCAAUGAUCCGCUUUGUGCCCGUGCGACGCACCUGCACAUUGUGGUGCAUAUGCAUGCGCAGUUCUGACCUGAUUGCAGCGUUGCAGCGCAGCAAAAAACCUAGCGUGCAAUCAGGUUGGAAUGACCCCCACAGGCCGCUGUGAAAACUAGUGCAAGAAAUUAAAUCACAAAGCAGGUAAAUUAUUUUUAUUUUUUUGACUGGAGUUAUGGAAUAAAAAGUGACAAGUAGAUCCUGCGCAAGAGCAUAAUGAUCCAUAUCCAGUAUUUAUAUGGUCUGCAGGAAUGGGGUUAUUCCUCCUAACACACAGCAUGGCAGUGUUCCUCUUAGUGAAUCAGUGCAUUAAUGGUAAUUGUACAAACUAAUGUAUACCUAUAUUAAAAUCACUUGUGUAUGUCAAAAAAUAUACCAAAAUAAUGGGUUGACUUGUGAGGCCAAAACUUGAAGACUAUUUAAUUGAUCUGUACAUUGACUUUCACUAUACACGAAGAAUGCAUUUAGUUUUGAACAUUUGUAAAACACAAUUAUAGAGUUAUAAGGGAUAUCAUUUUCUGUUUUAUUAUAUAUUGUUAGUAAUUUAAGAGUUACAUGUAUUUGAAACUCAGUGUCUGCUUGUAAGUACAGUUCAGGAUGCAUUUUCUGUUAUAUAUGUAAUUAUGCUAUGGAUAUACUGUAUGGAACAAAGCUAUGACCUCCACUACAUUAGAUAUUUUACAGAUGAUAUUGUUUUCUUGUAAGAGCUUGCAGAUAGCAAUACUCAGCAGCAGGUAACUGUAGUAUACCUGUAGUAUAACACACAGUAGUGUAAGAACUGUGUUAUUUUAUACUACAAUCAAAGGCAUGCACACAGGGUGUGCAGGUUAUGUGCCCGCACACCCCUAUUACAGCCCUCGCACCUACAGCAUCUCCUCCCCGUAUCUCAGCUGACUUGCAGGUAGCCUAGCGCUGGCUGCACAAAAUGCCUAUAGAUGUAACAGACCAAAAUAAUCCAUAAAUAAUAACUGGCAAUUCCCUGAGAAGAUCAUCUGUGUACUGAGGAUGCAGACAGCAUCCCCGCGCUCUGGAUUUCAGCAGUCGAAAUCCCAACGCUGGAAUCCUGACACUGGUCAGAAGACCGUCGCCGGAAUCGCAACAUCGUUCUCAAUACUGACAAUGGAAUCCCGACUGUAUCCCAAUUAUAAGUAUGCCGGGCAGGAGGGAUGCUGGCCAUACACCAUACGAUGUAUCAUAUGUACAUCAAACAUGGUACAAUGUGCAUACAAUUACAGCUGAUAAUAUGGGCUGCACGUAUGAUCAUUUUAUGCGACGUGAGACCCGCGGAGCCGCGCAUUGCAUCAUAAGACCAUAUCUCCAGAAGGAUAUAAAUACAUUAGACCGUGUACAAAGAAGGGCAACUAAAAUGGUGCAUGGCCUACAUCACAAAACUUACCCGGAAAGGCUAAAAGAUAUUACCAUGUAUAGUAUGUAGCAGAGAAGGGAAAGGGGGGACAUUAUAGAAACUUUCAAAUAUAUCAAAGGUUUUAACAAAGUUCAGGAGGGAAACAUUCUUCAAAGGAAGAGAAGUAUUAGAACUCGAGGACAUACACUGAGACUGGAGGGGGGGAGGUUCAGGGGAAAUUUAAGGAAAAAUUACUUCACAGAAAGGGUAGUGGACAAGUGGAAUAGCCUCCCAUCAGAGGUGGUAGAGGCUAAGACUGUAGAGCAAGUUAAACAUGCUUGGGACAGGCAUAUGAAUAUCCUUACAAAGAAUUAAGGUUCAAAAAGGGUUGAGAUUACCUAAUGGAUAAAAAAAGGGGCAGACUAGGUGGGCUAAGUGGUUCUUAUCUACCGUCAAAUUCUAUGUUUCUAUGAUGUGCACACAGUGCGUCAAGUGACACGUCAAUAUUGUGUAUUCAUACACAAUAUCGACCUGAUAUAUGGCC